AUGGCUUCCAUUCGUUGGGCGCUAUUGCUCUUUCUUGUACAACUCCCCACGCUAGCCACCUCCAGCACUCAUGGUGAUCGUAACCUCACACCAUGGUGCCAUCCUGACCAGGCUGCAGCGCUUCUCCAACUGAAGCAGUCCUUCUUGUAUGCAGCAACUACGGCCACUCUCCUUCCGUCAUGGCAAAAUGGCACCGAUUGCUAUCUCUGGGAGGGCAUUCGCUGCGAUGCUUCUUCUGGUUUUGUCACUGAACUCGAUCUCAAUGGGUAUGGCCUGUACAGUCGUCAUGGCUUGGACCCUGCACUUUUUAGCCUCAAAUCCCUUCAACGUCUCGACCUUAGUAUGAACUAUUUAGGGGAUUACAGCUGCAACAUCUGUGGGAAUCAGAAUUUCGAGAGCCUCACUUCUCUAACCCACCUCAACCUCUCGAAUUCGGAUUUGGUUGGCCAGAUACCUAUUGGCAUCAGCAAACUCAUUAACCUUGUCUCCCUGGAUCUUUCAAGUCAUGCAAUUUUCGGUGACGGUGAUUUUACCACUGUAGAUGGCAGUUUUAACUAUUUGCAGGAACCAAAUUUUGAAUCACUAGUUGCUAAUCUCAGCAAUCUAAGAGAGCUCUACCUAGACGGAUUGCAGAUAAUGUCUAGCAGCGGAGAAGAUUUGGGCAAAGCUUUUGCAAAAUCUGUUCCUCAUCUUCAGGUCCUUAGCUUGAGAAGAUGUGGGCUGAAUGGUCCUAUUCAUCAUUCCCUCGCAAGCCUCAGUUCUCUCGUUGCUAUCGACCUUGGAUCCAAUUACUUUCCUGGUCCAGUUCCAGAGUUCUUUGCGGAUUUUCUGUAA